AACCUUCGCCCCAUAUCCGCCCGUGCUGGAGCGUGGCCCGCAGCCCCACGUGUUUCCUUCUGCCCAAUGAGAGACUGAGCCCGGGCUCAAAGGGGCGGGGAGGAAAGGACGACUUCGUUACGCUUGGAGAAGGGGGCGGGGCCUGCAACGUCGGACAGAACGAGGGGACGCAACGGAGGCAGGCCGGAGCCGCUGCCGUCGCCGUCGCCAUGACCCGCGGUAACCAGCGCGAGCUCGCCCGCCAGAAGAAUAUGAAAAAGCAGAGCGACUCGGUUAAGGGAAAGCGCCGAGAUGACGGGCUUUCUGCUGCCGCCCGCAAGCAGAGGGUGGGAAUACGGCAGGCACACGCUGAAUUUUGUCCCAUCCACUUCCAUCUUAUCCUUUGUGCCCUUCAUCCCCCUGCAUCUUGUCCUUUUUGCCCUCUGGUACCUCCCAGUGCCCCAUCAUCUCUACCCCCAGGGACUCGGAGAUCAUGCAGCAGAAGCAGAAAAAGGCAAACGAGAAGAAGGAGGAACCCAAGUAGCUUUGUGGCUUCGUGUCCAACCCUCUUGCCCUUCGCCUGUGUGCCUGGAGCCAGUCCCACCACGCUCGCGUUUUCUCCUGUAGUGCUCACAGGUCCCAGCACCGAUGGCAUUCCCUUUGCCCUGAGUCUGCAGCGGGUCCCUUUUGUGCUUCCUUCCCCUCAGGUAGCCUCUCUUCCCCUGGGCCACGCCUGGGGGUGAGGGGGUUACCCCUUCCCAGUGUUUUUUAUUCCUGUGGGGCUCACCCCAAAGUAUUAAAAGUAGCUUUGUAAUUUCUUGA